GGAUCCCGGAGCCCAAUAGCCCUCUGCCUCAUUGUCGUCGACUUAAAGCGAUGUCUUACAUUAGCAGGUUGCCCCACAAGGCAUUUGAAUAGAGUAGGCAAGAAGUGGGAUAUCAUUGGCUUCGGCAUUUAUAAUUCCACUCAUUACCGGCUCUUGUUCUCUAGAGCUGUCACAUCAACGCUCCCCACAAGCCCCUCUCGAUGUGGCGUCGUGGGGCCAGCACCACUCGGCUGGAGCCGAAGUUUGGAUAUAAUUGCAGACAUUGGCUGCUUGGACAGACAUAAUGGUUUCAAUGUUCUGACAAUUUGGCGUAGGAAAGAUCACAUACUUGCGCCCAUUUUGAGGGCGAACUACAGGAUGGCGUUCUCGGCAUUACUGGAUCAUGCUUCGAUCUUUUCGAUACCGCACAUCCUCGCGUUACACCCAUACUCCUUAGCCGUCGGAGCAGUUAUAAUGCCAAUCAUCUCGAUCCUGAUACACGAUGUCCUUCUAUAUCUUCGUCUUCCACCAGGCCCCACUCCCCUCCCAUUCCUCGGGAACAAGCUUAAAAUUCCAUCCUCCUCUCCAUGGAUCCAAUUCGAGAAGUGGUCCCAAAUAUACGGACCCAUUUUCACGUUGUGGAUAGGUCGACGACCGACAAUCAUCAUAUCAGACCCUAACGUAGCAGUCGACCUGCUUGAAAAGCGCAGUACAAAAUUCAGCUCUCGACCGCGAUUUGUCGUCAUGGGUGAACUGUAUUGGGACAACGCGGGCAUUCUGGUUCAACCGUACGGAAAGGAAUGGCAAGUACGUCGACGCAUGCUGCAUCAAGCUCUCAAUCCAUCUGCGUUGAGGUUAUACAAGCCCGUUCAGGAGGCCGAGGCAGCGAGGUUAUGCCGGGCACUACUUGACCAGCCAAAUUCAUACGAAGGCCUUAUUGAUCGUUUCACAGCGAGCGUGGUCUUUAGUAUUGCGUAUGGUCACAGGAUUGACUCGAUGAAUUCGAAGGUCAUUCAGCAGCGUCUCGAGUUCAUGCAAUAUUCUGCUUCUCUCAAUGUGCCCGGGAGAUAUCUCGCCGAGUCGAUUCCCUGGCUCAAACAUGUUCCGAACUUCUUGGCACCAUGGAAAGCAGAGAUCCAGCGACGUGGGCGUGAAGAAGCAGCAACUAACGUCGCACUACUACGCCGAGUUCAAGAUGAGCUUCGUACAGCCAAAACCCCCUCGGACGUGCCGCACUCUCUCUCCAAGCUGCUCCUCGAAGCCCGAGAAGCAGACCCGAUUACGUUCGGCGUACUCGGCGAAAGGGAUUUCUCAUUCGUGCCGGCAUCGUUGUUCGGAGCCGGCAGUGACACAACCGCGAGUACCUUAUGCAGCGCAAUCCUCAUGCUCGUGACAAACCCACAUGUGCAAGCUGCUGCGCAUGCCGAACUCGAUCAUAUCGUAGGAAUGACACGUCUUCCCACAUUCGACGAUGAGAAGGACCUCCCAUAUCUCAAAGCUCUCUGUAAUGAAACGCUUCGCAUCAGACCUGUCGCUGUCCUCGGAGGCACACCACACGCAAACUCGGUUGCAGAUACCUACAAGGGAUACUCCAUACCGCAGGGUACGACGAUCCUCUCCAAUUCGUGGGCAAUCAACCUCAACUCGACGUAUUAUCCAAACCCGCAUCAUUUCAACCCGCUCCGCUUUCUGGACGUCGAUGCGCAGACUCUCUCGUACCUCCCAAAGUUUUCAGCAGAAGAUCUCGCCGAAACGUCUCCACCCCAAUCCCAUCCUGCGAAAGAGGGACAUAGCUCAUUUGGCUGGGGACGACGAAUCUGUCCAGGAGCGGGAUUGGCACAGAAUUCUCUUUUCAUUGCAUUGGCGCGUCUGUUGUGGGCCUUUGAAUUCAGACCAGUACGUGAGGCUAAUGGCGAUGAAAGAAGAUAUGAUACUUUUGCGUAUACACAAGGCUUUAACAUUCGUCCUCAGCCUUUUAAAUGCGACAUUCAUGUGCGGAGCGAGAGACAUCGACAGGUGUUACUGGUCGAAGCAGUUGGUGCUGAGAAUGUGAUGAAUAGGUUUCCCCCGUUUGAAGAAUAGAAGCCAGCGAGAGCUUUCCUUUUAUGAGAUGUCCUCUUUUUGCAUAUACCCGUCAGCAACAAUGAAAGAUGG